UUAAAUUCUCAGCCAUUAAUCUAUCUGAACGCUGCGAGUGAAUCUAGCGACAUCAGAUCUGGUUGAAGCGAUGGAUAUACCCGUCAGUUAAGGUUCGAGAAAAGCACUGGACCAUCAAACGACCGCCCUGGAUCUGAUAUCCGCCCGUGACUCGAUCAAGACGGUCGUUUUAGUUCCUCUUUAUUUUGCCGCAGUCAGAAUAAUUCUAGCUCAAGGCCAGCGGUCGCGCGCACUGUUUUCUGCUCCUACAGCCCUUCACAUCUCUCACCUCUUAAACUAAACACAUCUCUUGCUUGAUGGUCUCUGUGUUUUGAAGCUUCUGUUGUUUUGGACUCGUUUGUAUUUUGUCAGCCGAGCUCAUCCUGGUUUGGUGUCUGAUUUGCAGGAUCUGGAUUUCUAACACAGAGUCGGUCUCAAGCUGAUAUAUAAUGCUGUUUCAGUAAAACAAACACUAGUUUGGCCUGAAGUCAAGUAGAGCAAAGGCUGUGCGAGGCAGAGAAAGGCCAGAGGAAGACGACGUAUACUGAGUCUUUGUGCCGGGGUUGUGCUCCCAUCUUACUGCUGGUCACCCGUCGAUUCCUGGCUGCUGUCCACAUCUGAUCACAGCCAUGACCUCUCAGAGAGACCCAGACACAGUGAAUCUACGGCUGAUCCUUGUGAGUGGGAAGACACAGGAUUUCACUUUCUCUCCCAAUGACUCCGCCACAGACAUUUCCCGGCAUGUUUUUGAGAACUGGCCGGCAGGCUGGGAGGAGGAGAGCGUGAGCAGUCCCAGCAUCCUGAGGCUGAUCUUCCAGGGCCGCUUCCUGCAUGGCAAUGUCACACUAGGAGCUCUGAAGUUGCCCCCUGGCCGAACAACUGUCAUGCACUUGGUUGCCAGAGAGACACUGCCAGAGCCAAACUCCCAUGGCCAGAGGAACAGGGAGAAGACUACAGAAAGCAGCUGCUGUCUACUGCUGUAAAACCGAGACAACCCCCCCCCCCCACACCCCCUCGUCCUCCUGCUCCCCUCUCCCGUCUCUGUUCACCAACCCGUGGUGCAUUCUGGAUGAUUACAGAAGGGCUCCAGGGAGAGUGCGACUAGGUCUUCGUUCAGUGUUUUUGCUCUGUAUAGUAGCUGGAGACUCUGUUGUGCCAAGUUUAUUCAAAUCUCAUAUGUUUGCCUUCGUUGGGUUUUCUCGUUUCGUUUGGGUGCCAAAUUUACUUGCUUCGUGAAGUGGCCGUUUGUUUCCAGGCCUCCUGAAAAUAUUAAACCUGAAUCAUUGAAAAGAAAUAAUGUAAACGGGUUGAUAGUGAACAGGUUUUUAGGGGGAUGUCCUGUGCUCGAGAGACCACCUGCUCUCCCAGCACCCAAGUGUCAAGAGUUUUCACUUGGAUCACACGUCUGACUCAGACGAAGCUUAACAUGCUUUUGAUUGCACUUAACACGGAUCCUUAUCUGAAGUCACUAUGUGUGUGUUGUAGUCUUAAACUUCCCGCCUGCCUCGAACAGAAGGAGCUGAUGGAGAGAGAGAGGUGUGAUGACACAAGCAUCAGUCUGUUGCUGUGGACCGAGGGAGUCUGCUGUAGCGCUGGUGGAUUUGAUGUGCCAUGGCCACCUACGUUUCUUGCCUUUGUCUAGGACCAAUCGAGAGUAGAUCUCAAAGUUACCAGACUCCUCUUACUGAUCAGUUGCGUUGACAUCUGUGCAUGACCCUAGUCUAGUGUUUCCUCGCUCUGGGUGUGUACCAGCCGCCUUUAAAAACCAUUCACCCCGUGUCUAGCAUUUUUUUUUUAAUGUUCCUCGUCUCCGCUGAAGAAGCAUGAGGGAACGUUGGUGGUCUUGUGCUUGAUGUGAAAUGACACGAACUGUUCUUCUUUCCCUGUCGGGAUAUAUCAUCUGUAUCCUCUUCCAUGCUCGUCUAACGUGCAUCAUGUGGGACAAAGCCCAGGUGCGAAGAAUAAGGAAAUCAUCAGAAAGCCUCUGUCUGGAGCAAUGGGCUGCUAAAAGCCCUUAUUAUAAGCGCUAUGGCUUCAUGGACCCCCUGCUGUGCUUUAGUGUCAGAGGUAAAGAUGUGUGCUGGGAGCGGCUGCCACUAAUGGCCUCCCACUGGGCCGGAAGAAAAAGAAAAGUGUUUUUUUCCUAAUGUUUGUAUGUCGUCUGUUUUGUUAGCCUUUUGAUUGUGGAAAAUUAAUAUUAUUAAUAAUGGAGUCCUUUUAUCUCGUCUACGGCUGAGUUUUUAUUAGUACACAUCAUAUGGCUGACAAUUGUUAAUUGUGUGUGUGUGUGUGUGUGUGUGAGUUGAGCUUUUUUUUUUUGGAAAGAGUGCAGUUGUUGUGGGAAGAGUGUCCACAGAAACGGUCUCCAAUCUUGUUUUCAUUGGCCAAUUACUGCAAGAGUGUUUAUCAUUGUCACUGCUAUGAAAAUUAGCUACAAAUUAUUAAAUGUAAAAAAACAAAAUCCCUAAAUCUUGUAUUAUAAAUUAAUAAAAACCUUUCAAAUAAUA